AUGGCGGCCAAAUUCUGGCAGUCCUCCCACAGCAAGCAGCUACUGGAGCCGGGCGCAGUGGCGCGCCUGCUGCAUGCGGAGGACGACCGCAUGGGGCUGUCGCCCUCUGACGUGCGCCUGGUCAAGCUGCACAUGUGUGACCACCUGGCAGUCUUGGCUCACCGCCUCAACCUCCGCCAAAGGCAAGCACACCGCCUCUCACCACCACCUUGGACCGCCUCGCACCACCUUGCGCCGAAGUCGUUUGCCGAGGUGGAUCCGCGCCUGGCAGCGCCGGCAGCGCUGUACGUGGCGGCCAAGGCGGAGGAGUGCACGGUGCAGGCGGUGAAGCUGGUUCACCGCAUGAAGAGCCAUGCUUGCAUGUGCGGGCAUGGAGCCAUGGGGUACGAGGUGAAGGACGUACUAGCCAUGGAGAUGCGGCUGCUGCAGGCCCUCUCCUUCAACCUCAUCGUCUUCCACCCCUACCGCCCCCUCACCACCAGGUACUUGGAAGACGUCAGCAGAGCCCUCAACCUCUCUGCCAAUGUGAAGGAGGAUUUUGCUCAAAUGGCCUGGUCAAUGGUGAAUGACUCAUUCAAGACGGACCUAUCGCUGUGCCACCCGCCCUUCAUCAUCGCCCUUGCAUGCAUUCACCUCGUUGCUCUCAUGCGCCACCAGCCGCUGCUGCCCUGGCUCGAGGGGCUGCGCGUCGACGUGCACCGGGUGAGGGCAGUGUCAACAGCGCUCUUGGACCUGUAUGAGGAGUUCUCAUCGCUCACAGAGGAUCAGAUCUCUGCUGCUGUCGGCAAACUGCCCAUGCGCCUGCCCUAA